AAAAAAUAUAAAAAAAAUAAAAAACUCUGGCAGCGCAAAGGAUUGUGGGUCGGUAGCAGCAUACCGUACGCGCCAUGAUUUCCCUGAAGCCGAGACCAGAAAAUGGAUGCUUCCAAGUGACUAAAUAUGUUUUUGUAGAUGGCAUUUGGGUUUACGCAACGGUUUACCCGUCUUCAGGAGUCCCAUUUAAAAAUUACAACCUAGCAUGUCGGCUUCUUUAUAGACCGUGAUGAGUCCGGAAACUUUAUAAAACAGCCGUUGUCGAAGCGGAGCUAGGUUAGCUUAGUGGCUUACGCUAGUAGCAGCCUUGUGGGUUGUAGCUAGCUAGCAGACGCUAGCAGGAUAAUAGCCGGUGGAUUGUAAACGGUAUUAAACCAUAUCCCGAUCGUUUGAAUGACAGAAGUAAAAGGACUAAAGGCUAUACCUUAAGGGAUGGCCUGGAUUUGAUGUGAUCGGUGCUGGUGAUGGCAGAAGGGACUGACGCUUACGAAAUGCCCUCUUUUGACCUAAGUCCUGGUUCAGAAGCAAAAAAGAGACCUACUACAUCUUCUGAUGGCCGAGACGAGCCGAUGAGGAAAAUGCCUGUCACAAAAUUUAGUUCCAAACCUCGAUUUGAACCUGUGCACUUUGUCACCAGUGGAAGCAGUGGAGGAACUGGCACUGAUGAGAAGGAGAACGAUAAGGAACGCAGGAGGAGUGAGUCGUAUGGAACAAGACAAUGGGACUCUCAGCACUCCUCCUCUUACAGCAGCAGAGGAGCACAGGGCUUCUCUUCCCUCAGGCCGGCUUUUGACAGAGCCUCGUCAUACUCAAAUGACUUUUCGGGUUCCCAUAGAGACGGAGAUAUUUCUUCAGGUAGUACUAGUGGACUAGGCUAUGGAAGUCAUGGGUUAUCUUUAAAUUUCAUGGCAAAAACACAGCAGAACUACACAGCCAAGUAUGACGCCCACACUUUUUCACACAGUUUAGAUUCUUAUACCAAGCCCCAGAGAUACAAUGGAUAUGAGGGAGGGGGCAGAACUAGAGGCUGGGAUUCAGGACGUCAGGGUUUGGGCUAUGGUCAUCAGGACAGGCCGUCACUGAGUGGACCUUUUAGUAGAGUCUACAAUAGCUCAGGCAGGAGCAGCCCUCAUAUAUCUCAGUCUGGAUCUUUGCAGCCUCUUUUAAUGUCUCAUCCUACUUUAGCUGAAAAGCAAAGGCUGAUUGUAAAUGUUGGUAAUGCACUGGCUUCUGCCUUCAGGGACCCUGUUUUAAUAACUGGGAGCGACUCUCCAAACUAUAAUUUUAUGUUGAGCCGAAGCAUCCAGGCCUGCAAAACCAACCCCGAGUACAUUUAUGUCAACCUGAAGGAUAUUCCUCCGGCCGACCUUCCAAAGAACAGGAAAGUACCAACAGAUGGUUAUGCCUGUGAACUGAGAUGUCAGGGUGUGUAUCUUGCUACUGGAUACUCUGGCAGUAAAAAUGGUGCGAGGGACCGGGCUUCUGAGCAGGCAGUAAAACUUUUCCUAAAACCAGUUGAGGUUCGUGUUGCGCAGCGUAAAUACAGACACUCGAUGGUCAAUGACAUAGUUGUGUGUCAGAUGCACAGCCCGACUCCAGCGUUUCUACCUGCACUCCGGAACCCAGAAGAUAAACCGAUGCCCAGCCCCAAGGGUCAGCACGAGCCUGACAGACAUAAACACUGGACAGAGUUUGUGGUUAUGGACAACGCUCACGAUGCCAUCUGCAUUUUGAACAACUCCAACGCUUUCAAUCGCAUGAAGAUCGACUAUAAGUUUGAGCAGCUACCCAACAAUUUGUGGCUGUGCAAAGUUUUCCUGCAGGAUGAGCUGGUUGCGCAGGCGACGGGGUCAAAAAAGAGCUCAAAGCACUCAGCAGCUGAAGAAGCAGUGAGAAAACUUCGCUUGAACCAAGCACAACGAGAACAGCAGCAGCUGCAACAACAACCAGAGCACUUCAGAGGGAAUAACCAGUUUGAUUCUGGUGAAGGUUUUGGGCCACAAGGUAACAGAAAGAAGCAUCUGAGUGAGCUGGUGAUUUUGGAGAACUCUGAUAAUGCCAUCUGCACUAUUAACGAUACCGCUCAGUUUAAUAAAGUGUCUGCUGAUUACAAGUUCUUAGUUCUGCCUGAUCAUCGCUGGAAGUGCGAAGUUUACCUUGAGGGACAGUACGUUGCUGCGGGAAUCGGGCCAAAGAAAAUGGUAAAGCACAUUGCAGCAAGCGAAGCUUUAGCCACUUUGAGACAGACACAGGCUGUGGUCAAAUCCAACUUUAGGAAGGAGGGAUACAGUGACGCUAUAUCCCGUUCUCAGAUUCAGGCUCGCUCAGGAGAGGAGGCCAUGAAACAGGAGAUCAAGGAAGACAACAUCGGAAACCAGCUGCUCCGCAAGAUGGGCUGGAAGGGCGGAGGCCUGGGCCGAGACGGGGAAGGCAUAGCAGAACCAAUCAGAGUGAAAGAGCAGUUCUCCAGGGAAGGUUUGGGUAUGGACAUGGAUAAAACAGGAAAUCAGCUGAGCAAGCGUGACAUUGAGGACAUCAUUCGCAACUAUGCCGGUUCAGACCGAACAGACGAACUUCGAUUCUCCAACGAACUCACCAAUGAUGAACGGAAGCAGAUUCACCAGAUUUCUCAGAAAUAUGGCCUGCGCAGCAAGUCUCACGGACAGGGGCGGCAGCGCUUCCUCGUCGUCAGGCGAAAAGUACACAAAGACCAGCUGAUUGGCCAGCUUUUACAGGACGGACAGGUGGGACGAUAUGAGCUUGUCAAACCUCAGGCCUUUCAUUAAAAUGCACAGAAAACUAAAGUGUAAAUUUCCAUCAAGUCCGACUUCAAAACAUAUCAAGUGUUACUCCCGUCUGUCCCAGUAUGAUAAAUUUUACAGUACACAGGUCAGAGGUUAUCCAGUAUAACUUAUGGGUUUAGCAUUACUUUACAAGAACGUCUGCUUUGGCGGGCAAUUGUAGGAUGUGUAGUUUGUUUCUCCAACCUUUGUGCAUUUGAGCUUGUAGUCGAUGCUUUGUGGGAUUUUGUCUUAAAUCAUUCACUUUAAAACAAAAACAUCAGUUUUUGAAUUUAGCAGAAUGAGCUCCAACCACUCACCGUAGUGACGUUCAGCAAUACUUUCAUCAUUUGCUUUUUCUUUCUUUCUCCGAUUCAAAUUUUUCUGCAAACUGCAUCAGUGAUCAGAAAAUUAUCUUCAAACAAAUACUGUGGAUU